AUGAAAUUUUCUCUAAUUUUUUUUUCGUUGUCAUUUUUAAAUAUAUUACCGAAUGUAUACAGUAAAAGCUUGUUAAAUGGAAAAAAGACAUUUGUUUUUUCUGGUGAUUUACAUUUGUAUAGUAAAUAUUCUAAAGGAAGUGAAUUAUCUGAUGACAAAAAAGAAAAUACCCAAAAUGAUGUAGCUAAAGUCAUUGAAAAUCAUGAAAAAAUGAAAGAAUCAGACAAAAAUGUCAAAAAUAUUGUUAAUGAAGCUGCUAACAAAAUUAAAAAAAAAAAUAAUGUAAAUGAAUUGCCAUCAUCGGGUCUUAGUGAAGAAGAAGAAGAAGAAGCAAAAGAAGACAGUGAAUUUUUAUCUGACGAUUUAGAAGAGGCUGCUGAAAAUUUUGCAUCUUCCGAUCAAAAUAAAAAUAGUGUCGAAAAAGAAAAUGAGUUAAAAAAUAUAAAAAAGUACCAAGCAGAAGUUAUUAAUUCAAUGAAUCAACCAGAUCUUUACAAAAAAUUAGAUACAGAUGAAUUAGAAAAAUUAGAACAUACAAUAGAUGAUUUAGAUGAUAUGUGUGAUCCAGAUUAUUCUCUACCAUGUCCUUUAAAUUUCUUUCGUACUAGUUCAGGUUGUGUUCCACUAAAUUCUUAUGAAGGUCCUUGUAAUAAGAUACAAGAUAAAUUAAUGUAUUUAUAUGAUAAUCAAAAAGAGAGUUGGGGUGAUAUAUGUGAAGCUAGCUGGCCAUGUAUGCCACUAAAAUGUCCUUAUGGUAUUAAUUAUAAUUCAGUUUGCCCAGUUCAAUGGGAAGAUGUUGGAAAGGGUAUUUGUAGAAGUAUAUAUAAGAAUGAAAAAUGUCCAAAUGAUAUAAAUUUUUCUAAAGUAACUAUUAAAGAAAAAAAAAAAUUAGAAAAGGAAUGUGGUAUAAGAUGGAAAUGCAAAUCAGUUACUUAUAUUACUAAUUUUGAUCCUAUUUGUCCAUUAAAUUGGAUAAAUAUUGAUGAAUAUAAAUGCAAAGCACCAGAUAAUUAUAAUGGGCCAUGUCCUAAAAUUUCUAAUUUAAAAAAAUAUAAUACUGAAGAAUUAAAAAAAAAAAUUGAAAAUACAUGUUUAGUUAAUUGGCCAUAUUCUAUUAAAGUUAAUGAGUAUCAUAGAAAUUAUGAUGCACAUUGUCCAAUUGGAUGGUCAUUAAUGAAUAAUGGAUGGUGCCAUGCACCAGAAAAUUAUCAAAAAAAUUCAAAAUGCAAUGAUGAAGUUUCAUUUUCUGAUAUGAAUUCACAAGAAAAAGAAUCUUAUUCUACUGCUUGUAAUGUCGAUUUUCCUUUUAAGGAUAGAGAUGAAUGUAAACGCGACUACUCAUUUGAAUGCCCAUUGGGAUGGGUUCUUACUAAUAAAAAUGGAUUUUGCAAAGCACCAAUAAACUAUAAAAGUAAAUUAUGCAAAAAUUAUUCAAAAUUUAAAAAUUUGUCUGAUAAUUAUAAAAAUUAUUAUUUAAAAUCUUGUAAUAUUGAUUGGCCUUGUGAAGGAGAAAUUCAAAAUUCUUUGAUUUAUACAAAACUAAGUAUAAAUUAUUCUAUUAGAAACUCUAGAGAACGUAUUAGGUCGGUUGAUCCAGAAACAGGAUCAAUUAUUUAA